AUGAUUGACAUAGGAGUUGAGAGUUGGAGUCUUGGGGAAGGAAGUGACAAGACCAAAGAAACAAGGAACAAUGGGCGUGCCAAAAAGGGCUGUAGCCAUGUGCAGCUGAUUUGCUGCACGAACUGUGCCCCAUGCGUGCCCAAGGGCAAGGCCGUUAAGAAGUUCGUCAUUCAGAACACUGUAGAGGCCGCUGAUGUCAGGGAUAUACGUGAAGCAAGUGUCUUCGGUGCUUACAUGCUUCCCAAACUCUAUGACAAGCUGCAUUACUGUGUGAGCUGUGCUAUUCAUAGCAAAGUAGCCAGGAAUCAAUCUUGUGAAGCCGGGAAAGACCGAAAACCCCUGCCACGAUUGAGACCUGUUGGUGCUGCACCACAACCUCCACCAAAGCCCAUGCAAAGAGAUGGAAUGCCUUGGAAAAAUAAAAUGUGAAAGAUUUACAAAUGCAGUUGGUUGUCACAAACCAUUAGCACAGUUACUUUGUUUGACAGUGCUUGUGAUUGUAUGUAUACAUGUUGAGUUCAUUUGACUAAUAAUAAGUUGAC